CGGGCUUCAUACAUCCCCCCGCCUCAUUUGCUUUCAACCACAGGAGCGACCCCGCAUCGAUCGUCAAUGAAGCUCAACGCACAAACCCAGGCUGCGGCCCUUGGCAUUGCCCUCCUCCCACUUGCUGCCACUGCCCAGAGCGCCGCUGCACAGGCCUACACGCCGCAGACCACCUCGUGCCCCUCUGGCUUCGCACUCUACCGCGACGCGGGCAACGCCGGGAACCAGACCAUUUCGUCCUCCGAGUCCGCGUAUGUCCAGUCACGCAAAUCCAACGUCCUCCCAGGCGCAUGGAAGACCUACCUCGCCAACGUGCAGGGCACGUCCGCUGGAUCCUCGCUCCCCUCGUACGUCUCCGAGAUCCUCAAUGGCACUGGCUCGGCGCAGGAUCUUCCCACGCUCGGCAUAGCCAGCAGCGGAGGCGGGUAUCGUGCCGCCUUCUUUGGCGCCGGCACACUCAACGCGCUCGACGCACGCAAUUCGUCCUCCGCAAGCGCUGGCCUCGGUGGGCUUCUCCAGUCGGCUACGUACAUCGCUGGCCUAUCGGGAGGAUCAUGGUUGCUCUCCUCGCUCGUGCAGGCCAACUUCCCGAUGAUCCAAGAGCUCGUCUUCGGACCGACGCAGAACACAAGCAACACGCAGAACUCGUGGGGCGGAUGGAUGGCCGACAUGGGGCUGAGCGAGCCGAGUGAUAGCUUGUUGACGAAUGGCGAGUACAUUGAUGGAUUGCUGAACGAGUUCAAGGGCAAGCAGAGCGCGGGGUGGCCCGUGACAUUUGUCGAUUUGUGGGCACGGACACUGGCCAGGCACUUUAGCAAUGGGACGACGAUGAACAGCUUUUAUGACGAAAAUUUGCCGCAUGGGGCGGGCAUUCUAUGGUCAGAUGUGGUUAAUACCCCGGCGUUCGCGAGCUACAACAUACCCUUCCCUAUCGUCGUCGUAGACAUGCAUGCUCCGAACGAGAACGACAGCAACGUUAUCACACUGGACACCGAGCCCAUCACCAACACCGUCUUUGAGUUCAAUCCCUACGAGAUGGGCUCCUUCGACCCCAACCUCGCCGCGUUCACCCAAACGAAAUACCUCGGCACGACCAACACCUCAGUCUGCGUUACAGGCUACGACCAACAGGCAUUCGUGACCGGCUCCUCUUCCGCCCUCUUCAACUCGUUCAACUCGCAAGCACUCAGCUCUACCCUGGGCCCACUCCUCCAAGCCAUCGAGGGCGUGAUCGGCAACCCCGAUGACUUGCUCUACGCUGCAUAUCCGAACCCGUUCUAUGGCGUGACCACGGGCGGCUUUUUGGGCUCGAACCAGACGGUGUUGACGCUCGUGGAUGGCGGUGAGGAUGGCGAGAAUUUGCCGAUUCAGCCGUUGUUUGUGAAGGCGAGAGGGGUGGAUGUGAUUAUCUCGAUUGAUGCGACGGCAGACAUCAACAACUACGCCGCCGGAAGCGCGCUCAUCGCCACACAAAACCGCACCUCGCUCUUCCCCUCCGCCUACUCCUUCCCGCCCGUCCCGACCUCGAUUCAGACCUUCGCCUCGCAGAACCUCGCCGACCGCCCGACCUUCUUCGGGUGCAACACCACAUCCUCAAACGACACCACACCGCUGAUCAUCUACAUCGCCAACGGCGGCCCGCCUGCAGGCGCCUCCUCCACGUCAGACGGGAUCACGAACACGGCGACGCUGCAGCUGUCGUACAACGACACGUUCGCGCAGUCGUUUAUCGACCAGACGUUCGCGAUCGCGACGCAGGGGCGGCCGUCGAGCGGCGGGGAUACGAAGGACGGGGAGUGGCCCGCGUGCGUGGCGUGUGCGGUUGUGGACCGGGCGCGGGGCAGGGCGGGGCAGGAGCGGAGCGGGGUGUGUCAGAGUUGUUUUGAGCGGUAUUGCUGGAGUGGGGUGGAGCUCGAUGCGACGGGCCCCGGGACGGGUGGGCAGAGUUCGGGUGCUGUGGGCGCGGUGAGGCCGGGCCUGUUGGGUGCGGUUGUGGGUGGGGUGGUUGUUGGGCUGGGUGCGAUGUUGAUGUUGUAGAGGAUGGUUUAUGUGAUGAUGUCUAAAUUAUUGUAAACAUGAUAUUGACGAC